AUGUUGAACCAGAAGGUGUUGUUGAAUAAUGAAGCAACUAAGGAUGUAUUGAAGGACUUGUAUGUUGAUUCGUUGUCGGAUUUGAAACCCAAACUGUCGCAAUUCUUGUCAAGCAGGCCGUCAUUAUUUCUGAAUACUUCUAAAAGUACGUUAUUCUCACAUAGCUCGAAAAAUAGCUCUGUGGGCGAAAAGAAUGAUGUUGAAUCGCUAAGGGAUGGGUCUGAAGACAUAUCGGACAUUUCAGACAUAUCAGACAUUUUGGAAGAGGAUGAUUACGCAUCGAGCGAUAACGAUGAACAGGAUAAGAAAAUCAGCGAGUCCACCAUUCAGAAGAUUAGCACUUACGAUCAACCAGAACCUAAUUUUGCAUUUGGUUACUUUCCGCCCCAAAUAGAUAUACAAAAUAAGGAGACGGAAACCAAGCCAUCAUUAAAUAGAUCCAAGACUUCGUUUGUGCGAGGCUUUUCUCCAAAUCAUAUAUCUAUUGCGUCGCUGUGCAAUAAAAGCAAGGAAUCUUUAUCCAUGCAAGCAAAGAAGGAUAAUAACUCGACUGGGGCAGACUGCGCCGAUGAAAACAUGUGUCGGGCUAAUAGGAAUAUAUUCUACAUAGCUAAUUCACCAUCGCCUCCUCAAAAUACUGGCAACAAUCGUAACAGUAUAACUAACAAUAGUGAUGGCAAUAACAAUGCAUGUCACAAGCCGGUUAGCAAUUCAAGCUCUAUGGUAUCAAAGACGGGUGAAUCGAAUGGUAAUUUCCAGCCUUCACCAAUAAAGCGGCAGGAUUCUUUGUUUAACAAUCUCAUGGAGCAAAAUAAAGCAAUUAAUGCGAAUGACGAUUAUUCAUCUACUGAUAUUUCGGAAGAGGAAGACGAUGAUAUUCUGGAUGAAGAUCAACUGGAUGCAGAGGAUGAUACGAAGAAUACAAUUUGCGAAGGUAAAUCUAAUAAUAAUACGUUUUCCAGUGAUUUUGAUGGCGAGAGUGAAAAUAUAUGUAAAUCGCAUGAUUCGACUAGUAAGGAAAAGUUCCAAACUCUGGAUAUGAUCAUCAAGGAUCACGGAAAAAGCAAUGAUAAUGAUAGUGAAUGGCUUUCUAUAUCAUCCGAUGACGAGAAAAAUUGUGAGCCUAGUCCACAAGAAAAAUUAGUCUUUGACAAGAGACUAAAUCCAAUGUCGAAUAAUUCGUCUAUAUCCACGGACAUAAUUCCAAUUCAAAAUAGCGAGAAAUGUUCGUCUCCACCUAUCAGUAAGCCAAGGUCAUUGUUAUCAAGUUUAUUUUUGAAUGAAAUGGGGUCUUCUUCUUCGGCAUCUCUGUUUAGUAUGACAAAUUCGAAGCCUUUAUUAAAAAGGUCAUCAACUACGGGAAUCAUAACAAUAGAUCAAAUGGAUAAUGGAUCUAAAUUUAAUUCGAAUAAAAAAUCGAAUAAAAUCAACCGACCAUCUAUUUUAUUUUCAAAAAAGCAUACAUCUUUGACGGAUAUUUCUAAGAACUAUCCUCAUUACCAUAAUGAUUUGGUUCAAAAGCAUAUCUUAAACGAUUACACGAACGAUCAAAAUAAUGACGACGAUGAGGGUAAUUUCCCAGGAAAGCAAAAAUCAAUAGUCGGAGUUUCCGACUUUAAUGUCACUAGUAAAGCGACAAGUGUUAGCAAUGCGAAUAGUAUUAAUAAUGAUAAUUCGAAUAUUAAUGUUAAUGAUAAUGAUAAUAAUGACAGUUUAACGUUGGCGUCUAGUUUGAACAAAUAUUCAGAUUCCCUUUCAAACAAUUCCAUCAAGAGUAUCAUAUCCAGAAGUUCAUUAAACUUAACUCAACUCUUUAAUCCUAAGACUAAACUGAAAAAGGAAAGUAAUGUGAGUUCCGAAAAACAAGAUUUGCUCAAACCGACAACUCAAAAUUCGCGCUUGCCAGAGCUUUUGCAUUCAACCAAGUCAUUAUCACCAUCAUUCUUGCCUACGUCUUCUAUUUUGAGAACGACUUCGACACAACUCCCGAAUCAAAAUUAUAACCAAACCCACGAACAGGAUCCGUACUCAAAGGAUUCUGCUGAUGCUAUUUCUAAUUCUACUUCUCAUUCUCAUUCUAAUUCUAUUUCUACAGCGAAUGCCGUUACCGACCCAGACCCUAACCUUAAGAUCAACCCACAUCCAAUUGCAAAAUCCGAAUCAAACCUAACCACAAACUCAGAUGGCAGCACAGAUAUUAAUAAUGCAAGAUCAAUCAAGUUAUCCCCAAAAUCAACCAGAAGAUCCAUGCUUUCGACGGAAUUAAGUAAUUCCUUAAAGGAGUCCAUCUUAAUUGAUUAUAAAUUGGGUAAGAUUCCAUUACCGUUGAAAGUCAUCAACGAUGGGGAAUUUGUAAAUAAAAAUACUGAUACAAAUGAAUAUUUAGAUGAUUAUCACUUAAGGGGUUGGUAA